ACUGAUUCGCAGCGUUGAACUGUGUCACAUGUCUGAUCAUGUGACAAGAGUUGCACAAUAAUUCUGUUUACGUUUUUAGGCCUACAUGAUUCAGAGUCUUCGAUCUGCACGACCGGUCUCAUACGUAGCUGUUAUUGGGUAAUUUUCGACACCAUUCUACGAGUAGAGUCAUUAAAACUGAAAAUAAAAUGAAGUAUCUAGUAUUCGUGACCAUAUUUUGUGCAGUUGUCUCCAUCGGGACAGCCCACCUGUGUUUGCUGAGCCCUCCACAACGCGGCUCAAUGAUGGGCAUUAACAAAGAAGCAUCUGCGGACUGCGGAUUGACUUCUGGUCCGUGUGGUAGUCGUAAUGCCAGCACAGGAACCACUCUUGCUAUCAAGGAGGGCAGCAAGUUUACUGUUACUUUCCAGAAAAACCUUGAUCAUUAUUACGCAAGUAACCCGGGAUACUUCAAAAUAUCUGUGAGUUUUGAUGGAGAGCAGACUUUCAAGCUGUUGCAUUCUACCAAGGAUACUCCGGACCCGUCCCUCACUCUCUACUCUAUGAACGUCACCAUGCCUUUCGUGCCGUUGGAUAAGCCAGGGACAUUGCAGGUUGCUUACGUGACACAGAACCCGCAAGCUCCGAAAGAAUUCUACCAGUGUAGUGAUAUUAUGCUCUAUGGGGCAAACGUUAAAUUGGCAACCAUUGUUUGAGCUCUGAUCGAAGAUCGACACGUGCAAAGUUUUUAAUUCAGAUAAAUCUGUUUCGAUCAUCAAAAUAUAUAUAGUUUUUUGAAAUUUUAUUCAUAGGAUUAGGUCCUAAGAAAAAAUUAUACUUCAUAGGGAUGGGUACCUUUUGUGACAAACGUAUGAAUGUAAAGUCAGCAGUUUUAUUAGAAAAAUAUGAACGUCAUAUAAAAAUCAAAUGUUAUCAAUUCUUUCUUAGUUAUCCAUGUUUACUGUGCAACACCUGCCGCACAGAUGGAAUUAAUGAGAUAACAUUAUCUAUAUGUCCUUACAGCCAGGGGCAGCCCCCCUGAUUUUUCAAGUAAGGAGGAAAAAAAAACGGAAAAAAGAGAAAGAAAAGAAGAAAAACGAUGAGAGGCCUGGGUUCCCAUUCUGCAAACAGAAGAUAUUAAUGAUAUCACCUUUAGGCUAUAACCCCUCCCCCUAACCUCAGGCAAAAACCCUGGUACCCCCCCUACAAAUACCUGGUGCUCUAGUAUGGAAAAAAAAAAUGAAACUGAACUGAAUUAAUGUGGAAAUACAUCUCAGUGGUAUGUUCCAACUGACACUCCCCAUUUCAAGAGAUGUAUAGUAGAGAUAUUUUCAUAGAGGACCUAAUUAUAAAAGAUUUUAAUCUCUUAACUACUGAAUUCUGUAUUCCCAUGGGCUUUGUACAGGGAUCAUCUGGUUACAGUAGGCAGAGGGUUAAAAGGAAAUGAAAGGGGAUUUGUGGGAAGAAAUUAUCACCUCCCUGCUCCUUUUCAUCAACUGUGUGUACAUUGCACACCCUACACCUACAGUGCGUUCAACAAGUUACAACUUUAUAUUUAUGCUUGUUUUAUGGCAAUAUCAGUAUAGCGUAAUGGAUGUUUUACUGUUUUUAGAUGACAUCUGUAGGGGAUGAUUCAACAAUGUUUGAAUUAAUGCAGGCAGUCAUCGAGUGAUUUCUAGUUCGGUGCUGAUCUUUUGGUGUUGGGUCGAUUCUAACAUUAGCACAACACCAGAUUUGAAAUGAACCUGGGAUUAAUUUCACAAGCUGUUGAGCUAGCACUGUGAUUUGGAUUAUUUUGCAAACUCACAUAUUUGAUAGAGAUAUGGAAGGUAAAGUGACUUGUGUUUUAACACCAAUGCUUACACUAACACUCAAUUUGAACUCACACUUUAUGCCUGCUGGUAAUGAUACAUGGUGUAUCUUUUGGGACGACAUUAAUUUUGUAAACUUGCAUAAGGUGUUAGAGCCAGGAAAGGCACUCUGAAAUGUGUUUUAACACCAACACAAACACCAAAACUGAAUUUGGAAUCACCCAGUAUGAUAACAUGUACAAAUUCAUUUUGUCCCAUGACAUGAUGUCUUUCAUGUAAGGUGUUGAAUUUUGUGAAGGCAAUCUGGAAUGUGUUUUUUAACACCAACUCAAAUACUAACACCGAAUUUGAAAUCACCCAGUGCGAUAUUACGUUUGUGAUGAUGCAUAAUAGUAGGUGUCUCAUUAAAAGGACAACAUUUAAUGAUUACGAAUUUCACAAUCAUUUAGCGGGAAACACAGGGUCAUCACAGAAAAUGUUAUUUGUACAUGUACUGAUGUCCUCUUGCACAAAGUUUUCAAAAUGCAGGGAUUCUUUUGAAUUAGUUUAUAAUACAGGUAUUUGAAUAUUAUGUUUUGAUGUCUUCCAAGCACAAAAUCAUGCUUUUAAAUUAAGGAUAGCAUUUGCAAUAGUUAAAGACAAGGUAUGUCUACUUAUUUAUAGGUCUGAAUGUACAAUGUAGUAAACUUCACAAACAUGCUGAAGGGUAUUAUGAUAAUAAAGACAAUUGUGUCCUUUUAAGUUACUGAAAUAUGUAUUAAUGUUUAACUUGAAUUGUUUUUUUUUUAAACUCUCAAACUCCAAUUGUCAUGGUGAAUAAUGAAAUAAUAAGAAAACCUUUGUAAAAAAAAAAAGUUGAAUUGUUUACAUAUUGUCAUAGAGACUAUAAAUAAUGAAAUAUUACUUGUAUACUUCUGCAAUUUGCUCUUUUAUUGCAAUUCUUAGAAGUCUGGAGAUUCUUUUAAAGAAAUUCAGAUUGUUUGACUUUUUGGAUGAAUGUAUUUUCUUGCUUUUAUAUAAUUUGUGAUAUUGCAUUAUGAAAUAUAUAUGUACAGUAAUUGUGUGCAUUCCUUAGAAAUUCAUUGAGAAAAUUUCCAUGGAUAUGAAAUAUCCAAACUGUUUGGGUUGGUACAUGUGACAAAUUGAGCUGUGAGUUAUGGUCGACUGGCUGUAGUCAAUUACAGCUUGGGCUAGAGACCUUGGGGACCGGCUAAACAAGGUUGCAGAAAACUCAUAUUCUAAAAAUUUCAAAUAAGGAUGUGAUAUUGCGAAGUAAUCCCUAGUUCUAGCUCUUUCACUGUCAUUGUCGGACCUUAAAACAAAGGGCUUCCAUUUUUAGAUAAAGAUAUGAAAUCGUUCGUUCCGGUCAUGUUUUGUUCAGUGAAUUGUAUGGUUUAAGAAAAAAAUUAUGCAAAUGAAUUGAAUAAAGUCUACUUGAAAUGAGAGAA